UCUCACCCUGUUCAAAUACAUAUCCCGAAAUUUUCUUCAAAAAUAAUAAUCAAAAGCUCUGGCAACUAAAACCAUCAGUCUCAAAUAUUGCUUCAACCCAUUUUCAAGCUCUCAUCGACAAGCCAAAAGAUCGAAAAUGGUGUACAGCUAUACACCCACAUACUACUCCACUCUCCAUGACUCCAUCACUUCUCUUUGCAAGACAAUUCUCCCUUUCUCAUUCAAGAAAAGGCGGUUACCAGCCUUGGAACACAGGCUUUCCAAGCUGCAGUCUGAUAAUCUGAAAUGGCAGCAGGAUUCCUUUCACCAGAUAUUGAACUUGAUGGGUCUACACAAAGAAGGAAUUCUUGGUGAAGCUGAGGUUGCAGCUUUUAGAACGCAUUUGCUUGAGACCCUUAUUGCUUCUCCAUCUGAACUAGAGCAGCCUGUUAUUUUGAGAGAUAAAUUGGUCUUCUUGCAGGAACUGCUUUAUGCAAAAUGCAUAUCAGAGGAGGAGUACCAUUCUUCAAAGAGGCCUUUGUUACAGCGAUUAGCAGUGCAAGGAGCUGAAAUUGAGGCCAGAGAUGUAAUUGUUGCGAACCCCAAAGACACUAACGAGAAUCAAGAAGAAGAAUGGUCUGUCAUUGACUUGAAGGAUGAAAACUGCAGCACUAAUAGAGACAAUUUGUUGCAUUCCAAGAACAAAUCAAAGAACAACCUCACAAUGAAGCAGAUCAAAGGAGCAGCUUCAGUUUUUGGCUUUGGAUCAUCUCAGAAGCCAAGUAAAAAUAGAUCCGAAAAGAGCAUAUUCGAUGUAGAUUCAAAUUCCUCAGCCUCUAUGGAGGGUUCUAAAGAAAACCCGUUUUCGGAUAGUCAUUUGAAGGGUAAAGAAAACGAAACGAAAUCAAUUCUCAUGCAAGAAGAAAUAUUGCCUACGGAAUCCAUGAAGGAAAAUGGCAGUGGUACUGAUAAGGCAAAGAGAAAACCGUUUAGAACUUUGUUUCAUAGAGAGCAAAGAGAGGGACAUGGUGGUGGGGGUGGUGAUUAUGGCCCUGGUUCAGAGGAGACAGCAUCCAAAUCAACCAAAAAGCAAUGGGGUUUUGAUGGUUUCAAGAAAUGGAAGAGAAGUGAUUCAGAGGAUGAGACUGCUCCUUUGCCCCUCAACGAAAGAUCAGAUAGUGAAGCUUUCCUGGGGUCAUGCCAGCUUGUUACCACUCCCAUCGGGGAGGGGCCAGACACAAAACAGAUUAAGAAGAAGUUGCAUGCAAAUGGAGCUCCAUCUGAUUUCUUCAUUGACAAGGUUUUAGGAGACAAAAUAAAGAAGGAGCUAUCACGAAUUCAAAUGGAGCUCUCCACUACCAAUCCGAAUCUCAAAUUUUCGAACGAUCAAAUGGAAGCGAUUUCCACAACCCUUCCUGUGGACAAGGCUGACCUCAAAAAGUUCUUCCCCAAGUCAUGGUGUGAUCGAUAUGGAGAUGUGGUACUGGAUGUGGUGAAGAAAGAAUUCAAGGACCAUGUAGGAGAGAUGGAGAACAUGAGAAAUGCAACCAGAGAGAAGCAUCAUAAUAACUCAACGCGAUGGACUACUUUUGAAGAUGAUGAAAACUGUCACCCAAAUCUCUUUGCUAAUAAUAACCACACUAGUGGUUACACUGACAACAAAAAUAAUCCUUUCUCCUGUGAUUACCCUGACAACAAGCUGAGACCUGAAUCAGCUUUCUUUCAAGAUCAGAAUCCCUUUUGGAACCCAAGGAAUGGCACUUCUUUGCUGGGUUAGAUCGAAAAGCAAGUGCUGUUGUAUGCUGUUUCAAUUAGGCAUUUGCAUUUGCUUCUGGAAUAGCAUUGUUUUGGUUGUUAUGUAUUUAAGAUAUAGCAAUGCAUGAACUAUGAAGAAGAACUUUGUUCUUCUGAGUAAUCUGUAGUAUUUUGGUUGGCUUUGUGUAGAUUGUGUCCCUCAGUUUUCCUUUGUACGUCUUGACAAAAUUAUUUGCAACAUUGCAAAUUUGCAAUCUUUUAAGAUAUUUUUUCUAAUA